AUGCUCUGGACGGCGAUGAGCGGCGUGAUGAUUCUGUCCAGCGUGGUGGCUGUCACCGCCGCCCUGCAUUCCUCCACCGCUCUGAACGGCGGCGGCGGCGAUACCCUCGCCCAUCACGGCCGUUGCGAGCCCAUCACCAUCAAUCUCUGCAUGAACAUCGCGUACAAUGAGACGAUCAUGCCGAAUCUGAUGAAUCACCAGAAGCAGGAGGACGCCGGCCAGGAGGUGCACCAGUACGUGCCGCUCGUUAAAAUGAAGUGUAGCCCGGAUCUCCGUUUCUUUCUGUGCACCGUUUACGCGCCGGUCUGCACCAUCAUCGAGAAGGCGAUACCGCCGUGUCGGUCGCUCUGCGAGAGCGCCCGUUCCGGUUGCGAAGGUCUGAUGAAUAGCUUCGGCUUCGCAUGGCCGGAGGCUUUAGAUUGCUCCAGGAUGCCGGAGAACGACGGCACGGAGCUCUGCGUGGCUACCAACGACACCACGACGCCUCGAGAACCAGCCGCACCGGUUUAUCCUCCGCCUCGUAUGCCGGUAGCGGAGUUUCAGCCAACCUGGAACGAGGGUCCUAAACCUUAUGGCGGUAAUGGCGGGUUCGCCCUGGGUGCCAGAGACUUUGGCUUUGUCUGUCCUGUUCAAUUUAAGGUUCCUCACGGAUUAGGAUAUUCGUUGAAGGUCGGAGACAAAGUGGAGCCUGAUUGCGGGGCGCCCUGUGACGGCAUGUUCUUCACAGAGAUGGAGAGAAGAUUCUCAAGAGUCUGGGUUGGCACUUGGGCCGCUAUUUGCGCCGCGUCAUGUUUCUUUACCUUCCUCACCUUUCUCAUCGAUACGGAUAGAUUUAGGUAUCCCGAGAGACCCAUCAUUUUCUUGUCCGUAUGUUACCUGAUGGUAGCAUUGGUUUAUGUGAUUGGUUGGGCAGCGGGCAACUCUAUAUCUUGCAGAGAGCCAUUCCCACCACCUAUGGGCAUUCGAAUACAAAUGGCAUCGACAAUUACACAGGGUACUAAACAUGAACUGUGCACUGUACUCUUCAUGGUUCUUUACUUCUUUGGUAUGGCAUCGAGUAUCUGGUGGGUUAUCCUCACUCUCACAUGGUUCUUGGCUGCUGGAUUAAAGUGGGGGCACGAAGCGAUCGAGACUAACUCGCAAUACUUUCAUCUGGCUGCCUGGGCUGCCCCAGCUGUAAAGACUGUUACUAUCUUGGCGAUGGGAAAAGUGGAAGGUGAUAUAUUAUCCGGGGUUUGCUAUGUCGGUCUUUGGAACGUGGAGGCUCUUCGAGGUUUUGUAUUGGCACCGUUAUGCGUCUAUCUUUUACUGGGUACUGCGUUCCUUCUGGCGGGUUUCGUCUCGCUCUUUCGCAUACGCACAGUGAUGAAACAUGAUGGCACAAAGACGGACAAGCUUGAAAAACUCAUGAUUCGCAUCGGAAUUUUCUCCGUGCUGUACAUCGUACCUGCCUUGAUCGUAAUCGCCUGUCUCUUUUACGAGCAAGCAUAUUUCGAUCAAUGGAUGCUUACAUGGAAUAUGGAAAUGUGCUCACGUCCGGGUCUGCAAUCUCUCUAUUCAUUGCCGUGCCCGGUUGGUGAACGUACGCGUGAUCUUGGUCGCAGACCAGAAUUCGAGGUCUUUAUGAUUAAGUAUCUUAUGGCGAUGAUUGUCGGCAUAACCAGCAGUUUCUGGGUAUGGUCCAAGAAAACACUCACCAGCUGGCAACAAUUUUUCCAUCAUAUACGAGGUCGCCGCGCUGAGGCCUAUGUUUAAGUUCGGAGAGCUGCGUUUGCUCAUUAACAUUUCUAUAUUCCUUUUAUAAUCCCGAGAAAUCAGUAAAUUUGAAAAUUAUCAUAGAGACUUAUGAAAUUUUUCAAAAUCAACAUUUGGAUCAAAAUAGAUUUGUUUUUCAACAUAGAUUUUUGUGAUUCAUAUUUAUGUUGUAUUGACUAAAAGAAUAUUAUUAGUAGAGAGAUAUGAUAAUUAUCAAUAAUGAUGCUAAAACGUAUACAUCCAUUAAGUCGAUAGCUAUACUAGCAGGAAUGAUACUAGACUUCUCGGUAUUAUGUUCUUUUGCAUACUGUAAAAAAUGUCAUUUUUCAUUGUAAUCAGUAAGCGUUACAAUCAGUACCCAAUCAUUAGCUUUUAACAAAAAUUUUAAUUCAUUAUUUAAUAUUGACAGAAGUCUAAAAUUUUUCGUUCGAUCUUUUUUAUAUAUUUUAUUUAUGUAAACUUUAUUUAUAUUAUAUAUUUUUUCGCAGUCUCUAAUUUUUGGGAACUCCUAGUUUAUGCAGUCAAAUCAGAUCUGAAUAAGCUAGCAAUAUUUCACACAUGCUUUGUGAUUCCCUCAUGAUAAUUAAAGGCGUGCAUUAAUAUGCAUCCCAGUGCCAAAUAAGUUUUUGUCUCUGAUAUUUCUUUAUCGUGUGAUCAAUAAUUUUGUGACCGAUUAAAUGUCAGUUAGUUUAAAAGUAUUAUUAGACAGUUAUUCUUUUUUACGAAUGUGACUAUGUUUAAAUUGAAUGUACUCAAAUGCUGUAGCAGACAAAUCAAAUGUUCAAAGUUUUUAAAGCAGCUAAUUGGAUCUAAGGGUAUCAGAUCCGAUAUGAUAUAAGAAUUAAGAUUUUAAGCAAAUUCGGUUGAAUGUAACUAAUGUGCAUUGGUGCAUAUUAUGUCAUACAUAAAUUGACAUAACACAUAUUAAAUAAUUGGAUUCUUUAAAUGUUCAGCAUAAGUUACAUUGUAUUAUUUUACACAAUACAUAUUGA